CAGUCCAUUGCAUAAAGAUUGGAAAAGAAUGCAAGCUCGUAUUGCUCCGAGGCGUUUUCGGGGUAACAAGCUCUUCUUCUUAUACCACAGAGCAGAGACGAUGAUUACGAAUUCCAAUCGCGUUUCGUUUCAUCACAAUCCCAUCGUCAUCCCUUCACGAUCUUUUCAUUCACAAACCUUGAGGACAUGCCAAUCUCUUCCUAUGUUCACCAGACAACUCUCUACUGAGCGUAAACCAUGGGAAGCUUCAAGAACCACUCCAUAUCUCUCUAAACAUGUUACUUCAUUCCUCUCAGAUGUCCCCGUCAGGCCUCUCCAAGACUCUGGUCAGAUGCCAAAUGGGCACGCAUUGUUUUCGACAUCAACUGAGGGAGAUGCAAGACCGGCUGCGAGAAAAGAAAAAUCUACUACGAUUACGAAAGGGGAUGUUUCAGGAGAGCAAAUUACAAACACCAAAAUUCUUAGUACUCUUGCAAGAUAUUUGUGGAUGAGAGAUACUAUUGAAUUCAGAUGGCGGGUAAUGGCUGCCUUGAGUUUCUUGGUUGGCGCCAAGGUACUGAAUGUUCAGGUGCCUUUCUUGUUUAAACUUGCUGUUGAUUGGUUAACAACGGCAACAGGAAAUACUACUACUCUUGCUGAGUUUAAGGCUGCUAAUUCAAUCGCGUUAGCUGUGUUUAUGAGCCCAGCAGCCGUGCUGAUUGGAUAUGGUAUAGCGCGGACAGGAGCUUCUGCAUUCAACGAGUUGCGAACAGCAGUUUUUUCUAAGGUCGCGUUGAGGACAAUUCGAUCAGUUUCGAGGAAGGUAUUUUCGCAUUUGCACGAGCUUGAUUUGCAGUAUCAUCUUAGUCGAGAAACAGGUGCAUUGAAUCGAAUUAUAGAUCGCGGUAGCCGUGCUAUUAAUUUUAUUCUUUCGUCCAUGGUGUUCAAUGUUGUACCAACCAUCUUAGAGAUAUCUAUGGUAUCAGGUAUUCUAGCAUACAAAUUUGGAGCACCAUUUGCAUGGAUCACUUCCCUGUCGGUUGUUGCAUAUGUUGCAUUCACGCUGUCAGUGACACAGUGGAGGACUAAAUUUAGGAAGGCAAUGAACAAAGCUGAUAACGAUGCAGGUAGCAGGGCAAUUGAUUCACUUAUUAAUUAUGAGACUGUAAAGUAUUUCAACAAUGAGGCUUUUGAAGUGGGGAAGUAUGAUGAAUUUUUGAAGAAAUAUGAAGAUGCUGCCUUGAAAACGCAGCAAAGUCUUGCGUAUUUGAACUUUGGGCAAAAUGUGAUAUUUAGCACAGCUUUGUCAGCAGCCAUGGUGCUGUGUUCACAUGGGAUUAUGGCUGGCAAGAUGACAGUUGGUGAUUUGGUUAUGGUGCAUGGGCUCCUAUUUCAGCUGUCUUUUCCUCUCAACUUCCUUGGCAGUGUUUAUCGUGAGACUGUACAGAGUCUUAUUGAUAUGAAAUCCAUGUUUCACUUACUUGAGGAAAGGGCUGAAAUUAGAGAUGGAGAUGAUGCAAAACCUCUGAGGUCAAAUGGCGGUAGCAUUCAAUUUGACAAUGUUCACUUCAGCUAUCUGCCAGAAAGAAAGAUUCUUGAUGGGAUAUCGUUUAGUGUUCCAGCUGGAAAAAGUGUGGCUAUUGUCGGAACCAGUGGUAGUGGGAAAUCAACCAUUCUUAGAUUGCUCUUCAGAUUUUUUGACCCUAAUUCUGGAAAUGUAAGAAGGGACACUUCUCUGAUGUUGUAUGCUUUAGGCUUUAUGUAG